UCAUUUCUAUUUUAUUCGCCCUGGCCGCACUCCAACUCUCCUCCCUCCCAGCCUUGCAAAGCCUUACGGAUCGCUCGGGCGUUUCUUUUCCCAGUUCUUCAGUGGACCCGCCACCCACUGUACGUAUUUUUAGCGGCACUUGCGGGCCCCUUUUACGCCCAGCAGCAGUGACUUACAGCGCUAGCGCCGCUAAACUACUUGUACGCAUUCGGUGCGAGAGAGAGCCUUGCUAGAGAAAAACACACGCACACACACAAAAGUCUACACACACGCACCUGCCCGUCCGUUCCGUCCCCUGGCGCACAGAGCUGAGAUUUCUUUUCUUCUCUUCACCAACACUCUCUUAAACCACGACUCCCUGACCUUUUCUUCUCUUUUCUUUUCUUUUACAACCAAUUCGCUUCCAUACCAUCCUAUAAUACCGUCCCUCGAUCUCUACAGCUUCCCACGCCUUGCAUUCGUCGACGUCAUCACCUUUCCAAAACAGGCAAUGCUAUCCAAGCCCGUUUCUGCUGCCAAGUCCGCCUCGUUUGGCCUUUAAGGCACCGAAACAUCCAGCCUUACAGAUUCGACAUAUAAAACCUCGACUAAUUUUUCACAUUGCGCACGGCAACAGUAAUGAGUAUCAGCAUCGAUACCGUGGCGGCCAAGGGCUACCGUCGCCCGGCUUCUCCGGAUCAAGAUGAUAUCGACGACGGCGACAGCAUUCUCUCCACGCACGACGAUGUCCAGGCUGUAAUGCAGCCGGCAUUGAGUCCCGUUGCGAGUCGAUAUACAUCCCUUCGCACACCGGCUGUCGAAAAGGCAGCUGUUAUCAAGAGUGGUGGCCCAAGAGGGUACUUUGACUUGGGCAUUGACGACUCUCCUCCUAGCCGCAGCGAUUCAACCCCGCUUACUGUUCGCUCUCCUAGUCAACAACCAAAAACAAGCUCUCCAGCACACGCAGCAACAUGGACGAGCAGUGGAAAGAGCCCAGAAUCCAAAGACACGAGAACACGAACCACAAGGACCGUCCUUGGUGUCGCUCUGGGUCCUUCUCGCAAUCGCUCACGCUCUGCCGGCCAUGAGGCGCUUAAGAAGCUGCAAAAGGCUUUUCCAUCACUCAACAUGUCAUCAAACUUUCUACCGUCGCUUCCCAACGCCCUUCGCUUCAAUGACUCGAAACCUAGUCCACCAAAGUCUCCCCCGCGAUCUAGAAAAGCUUCAGACCCUCCACAAGCUGCCCCGCCUACACGGUCUCCGCCAUCAACGCUCCUCGACUCAGCACGUUUACCUAUACACGACCACAUCCUCCUACCUAAUGAUACAAUUACUGACCUACCGCCGAGACCGUCAACCUCUUGUGCCCCUGGCCUUCGUCCGAAAGCUCUUCGAAGAGUUACUUCUGACGAGAGCAUGCUGUACCAUAGCCUAUCGCGGACGUCAUCACUCGGUGACGACGCCAGGUUCCAGGACGUCCGCGACAUGGUGAAUAUCCGCCUCAUAGCAAUACGCGACAGCUUACCGGAUGUCCCCUCUUUCAAGAUGCCAACGCUUCCAAGUUUCCAGGAAUUGUCAAAACGAUCAAGUUUGUCGCUCAACAACAUCUUCUCAUCAGAUCCUGUAUCCGACUCCCCGCCCGCCAGGGAUCUCAACGGCCACGAUUCACCCCCCGAAGUUUCAGACGAGCCAUCAGAUAUACUCGAUAGGGUCCUGCAAGAUCUGACGGGUGAUAUUGUAAUUUUGGGUGGAUAUCGUGGAUCAAUUCUCCGUUCCGCAGAGCCGCCUCAUCACCAGCUUUGGGCUCCCUUCAAACUCGGGCUUAACAUGCGCAAGGCGAAUCUCGAAGUCGGUCUCGAAGAUGAAGACGAGGAAAACAUGCCCCAGACCAUCAUCCCGUCGGGCAUGCUCAAGAACAUUGGUCCUAUUGACAUCUCGCGCAAAUUCUUCAAGAAGCUGCGAUCCUGCGAAAACGCAAAGGCCGGCAAGCUGCGCGUCUGGGACUUUGGCUACGACUGGAGACUCAGCCCUGCCCGUUUGUCUCAGGCUCUGCAAGACUUCCUUGCGAAGCUACCGUCCAACCAGCCCGGCGUCUCCCCCGAUGCCAAAGGUGCCAUUGUUGUUGCUCAUUCGCUUGGCGGCCUGAUCACGAGGCACGCAGUAAACCAGCGUCCUGGGCUCUUUGCCGGUGUCUUGUACGCGGGCGUGCCCCAAGGCUGCAUCAACAUCCUCGGUCCUCUGCGCAACGGCGACCCGGUACUUUUUAACGAGAAAUUGCUCACUGCCAAAGUCAACUUUUCUAUCCGCACGUCCUUCCUCCUCCUCCCAGACACGGGGCUCUGCUUCGUCGACCAAAACACUGGCGAAGACUACCCCAUCGACUUCUUCAACCCGGAUGACUGGGUCAAGAGCCGUCUAAGCCCUUGCGUCGCGGAUGUCUUGCCGCCCUACAACAAGCCCUCGCAGACUACAUCGCCCCUAACAUCGCUCUUCCCAAACACUUUCCUGCGGUCCCGAUCCGCCAGCAAGAGCGAGCACAAGACGGCCAAUGGCUACGCUGCUGCCGCGGACACUACGACCCCAGAUGUAAAUGCCGUUGCUGCUGAGACAACAAAUGGCACCUCUACCACUACCGCUGACCAGGCUGCACCGCUUUCUGACCCUGAGCAGCGCCGCAACUACGAGUACCUGGCCAAGACGCUGGCCGCUACCAAGCUCUUCCGAUCACAGCUUGCACAUAGCUCUGAGCACGAGUCGAAAAACGCAUACCCGCCUCUAGCACUCAUCUACGGCAAGGAUAUUCCUACGGUCUUUGCUGUCCGCGUGCAGAACCGCGAGGCGAUUGCCCACUCUGACUGCUACGACGACCUCAUCUUCCGCUCUGGCGACGGCGUCGUCCUCGCUAAGGAGGCCAUGCUGCCGGACGGUUACGCUGCCGUCCGCGGUGGUCGCGUGAGCUCCGAGCGCGGCCACAUUACCCUGCUGGGAGACUUCCCCGCUCUGGGAAAGGCCCUCGAAGCGCUUCUCAGAGGUAGGAGAAAGGGUAUCGGGCUGGGCAUCGACGCUCUACGAUCUUGAACAUGCCGUAUUGACUGACUCUCUUGUCAUGGUGCCCCUUUUCGUGCCUUUAUCCCUCUCUUUGGCCAAAAUGAUAAAAUUACAUAUAUGAUGGAUUUUAGACGCUAGCGUCAGCACAGACCUUGUCUGCAUUUGAUUUGUCUUCUUUUUUUGUUGAUUUUUAUACUCUAGCCAUCACACGAUAACCACUGUUUUGCUUUCAUACCGGCGUUCUUUAGAGGGUAUAUGCAAUAUUAUUCAUCAAGUAUUAAGUAGUGUUCUAUCUAUUUUUAUCAUUAUGUCGUAGAGCAAAUAUACAAAGUCAUAUC